AUGGAGCGACGACACGAUAGUUCACAUAAACCAACGCCCUCGGGCAAUGGCGUCCCAAGUUACUUCAAUAUGCAGCAAAUGUACUGGGCAGCCGUGGGUGCUGUUAUUGCUGCCGCAACGCUCGCCAACAUUAUGAAUAAGGUCAUUGCUGCGCAGAGGUUCUCGGACAAGACACUGGCGCCAUCCAAGCCCAAAUCCUUUUUCUUCAGAGCCUACGCCACAGGAACAGCAAUGGUGAGAGAAUUCUCAAAUGCUGGAUUCCGGCCCCUGGCAAUUGGUAAAAGCACGCUGCAUACUGCACCAGUUGGGCGCGUCAGUAUUUUACUGGCGAAUCUACUGGUGGUGAUGGUUCUUUGUUUCUACAAACUCAACACGAUGGAUCAGUGGAGCUGGGAAACCGUCGGCUAUCGAACGGGAUUCAUAGCCAUUGGGCAACUGCCUCUAGUAUUCCUUCUGGCAAGUAAAAACAACAUCAUCGGCUUUCUUACGGGGUCCAGCUACGAAAGGCUGAAUUGGUUACAUCGAUGGACAGCCAGGACGCUAUGGCUCACUGCGACCGUUCACAUGGGUUUCUGGUUUCGAAGCUGGGGAAGAUACGAUUACAUUCUUGUGAAGUUGACCAAGGAUCCGUUAACUCAAAGAGGGUUUGCCGCUUGGUGCGUCCUAACAUGUAUAGUUGUGAUUUCUAUGGCUCCAAUACGGCGGUUGAGCUACGAGGUAUUUGUUUUAUCCCACAUAGCGACCUUUUCUGGAUUCAUCGCUGCCGUAUGGUUUCACGCUCCCGCCGAGGUAAAGGCUUGGGUUUGGAUUCCAAUUGGCCUACUCGUGCUUGAUCGAGUCGUGAGAUACGCAUUCAUGGCUUUGGCCAAUAUACCGCUCCUAUCUCUUCAUCGGAGACCGGCAUCCACCAUGAACCUAUCAAAAUGGUCCCUGAGCGCAACAUUCACACCACUACCCGGAAAUGUCACCAAAAUAACCAUCCAGAACCCGACCAUUUCUUGGAAGCCAGGACAACAUGUACUCCUUUCAUGUCAUUCCGUGCUGCCGCUUCAGAGCCACCCAUUCACGAUUGCUUCGAUUCCUUCUGAUGAUAAAUUAGAAUUUUUCGUACGCGCCGAGAAGGGGGGCACGAAGAAGAUAUUCGACCACGUCUCAAGCCAAAGCCAACUCCGCGAGCAAGAAAAUAGUCGCCGUCCGUGUCAGCUCACCAAGUCCGUGAUAAUCGACGGGCCAUACGGUAGGAUAAGAACCUUACGCCAGUUUGACAGCGUCGUGUUCAUCGCCGGUAGCAUGGGGGCUACUUUCACGAUGCCCCUCAUGCGCGAUAUCGUUGAGGGCUGGAAGAACGAGAACCUUGGCCCCGAAACGGGACGGACGAGCUUUGCCCUGACUAAACGAAUUCGGUUUAUUUGGAUCGUCCGCUCGCAAUCCCAUUUGACUUGGUUCAUGGACCAGUUGCAGGAAUUAAUGCGGGACAUAGACCGUUGUGCGGGCGCAAAUUCCUUAUUCAACAAAACUCGAAGCCUUGAGAUAAGCAUAUAUACGACAUGCGGUACUGAAUCAUGUCCGACUCUUCAGUCACCAUUAUCCGCUCGGUUGGCUAGUAUGUCGAAAUUAGCAACCGCUGAAAAGCAGCCCGCAGUGGAGAUGCCAGCUAGACAAUCAAAACCCAAUAGUUGCUGCUGUGCUCGAAAAGUUACCGAUGAAACUGCUCCCUCUACACCGUGUCUGUGCUCUGACCUGGCGCCAGCACCCCCCCCUUCAUUACCCACGACUACAGUUACCGAAAUCGAAGUCGGCCCUUCAGAGAAGGGUCUUCCAACUCCUACGUCAUACUCUCAACCACCUCUCGACUCGCGCAUUACUAUUGUAUCGGGGCGACCCGACACUCGUACGAUAAUCCGCUCUGUCCUUGAGCAGGCAGAAGGAGAAAGCGGUGUUGUUGUGUGCGGCCCUAGCGGCUUGAACGCCGAUGUGAGGCGGAAUGUUGUGUCACUCAGCGACGAGAGGGCUGUGCAUAAGGGAACAGGAGCGCAAGGAAUCUACUUGCAUGUUGAGGAGUUUGGAUUCUAA